AUGAAGUAUACCACUGCAUCUGUCAUUGCUCUGGCUGGCGCAGCCAAUGCUCUGCCUCACCCGAUAUUGAGCUUCCCCUCCUUCAGCAUGCCUUCGUUCUCUUUGCCUACAGGCUUCGGCGGCGGUUCUAGCACUGGAGGAAGUGGACUGGGAGCUGGUCUUGGGGGUCUCGGUAGCGGUGGUUCUAGUACUGGAGGAAGCGGAUUGGGAGCUGGUCUUGGGGGCCUCGGUGGCAGCGGCUCGCCUUUCAGCCUCCCCUCUUUCUCCAUGCCCACGGGCUUGGGCGGACAGGGAUUCGGACUGGGUAAUCUCGGUGGAGGUUCCAACAUCCAAGUCACUGCUACUCCCACUGCUAGCGGUGCCACUCCUACCAAGACUAGCUCUGCUGGCGGCAACACUGGGGGAGGAGCAGCAAACAACGGCGCCAGCUGCGGAGGCACCGGCGGAGGAAGCUCAGAGAAUGGCGUCAAAGGCGGUAACUGCUGCACUGACAUGACUGUCAUCUUCGCUCGUGGAACGGGCGAGUUGGGCAACAUGGGUACCAUCUCUGGUCCCCCUAUGGUCAAGGCGAUCAGGUCCAAACUCGGUGCCGAUAGGGUCACUGUGCAGGGCGUUGAUUAUGCUGCAUCUGCUGCUGGCAACGCCAAUCUGGGUGCUGAUGGAGGAAAGGUGAUGGCUCAGUACGUCCAGCAAGCACUCAAGCAGUGCCCCAGCACCAAGGUUAUCGUCUCGGGCUAUAGCCAGGGCGGCAUGGUUGUUCACAACGCUUUUUCAAAUGGUAUCUCUGCUUCCAACGUCGCUGGCGCUGUCAUGUUCGGCGACCCAUUGAAGCGUCAGGCCAUCCCUGGUCUCUCGACCGACAAGGUGAAGCAGUUUUGCGGUACCGCCGACCAGAUCUGCGGUGGCGGUGGUGAUGGUGGCGCCACUGGUAGCCAUCUCAGCUACGGCAGUGUUGCGGACUCUGCUGCCACCUUCGCCAUCCAGGCUGCCGGUCUUGCUUAG